GCUUGCCAUUCCUUCAGUCAACCUCAACUUCAAUCGUUCCUGCCAACAACAAAAAUAAUUCUGAAGGCCAACCUCGUUUGCGAUUGCCAGCGUCACCCAAUAUUUUCCAGAUGAUUUCCAAUCGCUCUUGCUUGCAUCAAGUGAACAGAUAACUAAAUAUGCUCUGGGCCAGAACGGCUCUUGCCAGUAUGUAUUCGCUUUUUACGCGAUAGAGCCCAUCUGGCAUGCCAGAAUGAAACACCUUCUCUCAACACACCAGAUUCCGAUGUUUCAUCUCGAGCUUUGCAAUAGCUUCCCAGGUCAACUAUCUUCAACGAUGCAGCCAUGAUCCGACUUCCACCCACAGUUAUCGUCCUCGGACAAAGUGAUCUUCGGGAUUUUGACAAGCGCGCACACCUAGGUACGGUUGAAGCAUACUUUGACAGACUGACCAUCAGUUCGCCCAACUCACAAGCUCCCGAAACGAAUCAGGAGUUGAAAGGGGUAACCAUCCGACGACAACCGUCACCACGGAAGAAGCAGGCCAUGUCAUCUAACCCCCAAAGACUGAUUCCACCCAGAUCACCCGAGUCCUUCAUCAAUGUGGAAGCACCACCUGCAUCACCAAGAAAAGGAGAGAAGUCCAGUUCGGAUGAGCAUGGAUAUGUAUCCGUUGAGAGGCAUGUUUCCCCAGAAAAUGAAGACUCGCAAGUAGCACCACGAUCACCCAUCAAAGAUGACGAUUUCCACUUCGGGGGCUUUGUGGAAAGUCCUGGAAAUAGCUCGUCUCAAAUAUCUUCGCUUUUUGGUAAGUGCCCCAAGAGCAGCGAGUUUUAUAUAUGCUAAUUUGUUGAAGCUCCGGAUGCAGAUGAUGUUUCUACACCCCAGCCACCAGAAAGGCUUAUGAAUCGAGUUGGAGUUCGAGUUCCUCUACCAAGAUCACCACUUUACCUUUCCCAGAAUAUGUCUGCCUCACCAGAACGUCGCCCAACAUGCGCACUUACGCCUCGUGUGAUUUCUCGGGUUGCUUCGCAUGGGACGCCUGGAAUUCUCUUCUCGGAGCCUCCGCGAAGGCCUUCAAGACACCCUGGACGUAGUCCACGAACCUUGCGCCAUCAGACAAAUAGCUUCUCGUUUGACGAAUCCGAGAGGUCAAGUGCCGCCUAUGAACAAGAGCGGACCGUAUCAGCUUCGACAAAUACAACCAGGCCAUCUGAUGAGAUAUCCUUACGAGAGGAGCUGCGCGGCAGUUCGUUGGGGAGCUCUCGCACAGCAACUUAUGAAGAUGAUACUACCACGAAUACCACACAGGAUGCCGAAUCUGCAACAGUCCCCGAGCUGAGUCGCCACAGGGAAUUUAUCUUCUCUUCGCCUGCAUUAAGUGAAAUCGAUGACGAGGAGGAUGAUGAAGAAAGAGAAAGUGAUGAAGAGGAAACUUCAUCCCACAAUCUUACUUUGCCGCCCCCAUUCUCAUCAUCUUCACGCGACUCAUCCAAUACCGGAAGCCUUCCAGGAUCAUCAUAUCAUCCCCCAAAUCCGCAUACAAGUCCACUGAGAGCAGAUUCUCCCACAGUUCCUAACAUCUUUGGCGAAGAAAGACCACAGAGUCCAAGCCCAAGUCAAGCGACCAGCCGAGAAGUAUCCUUAACCCACCAGGUAAUUCGCACCCCAAUGUUGCAAAGAAUUCUAACUGACAAACCAUUCUAGUCAAGUCGUCCUCUCACGCCAGCUAGAUUCGUAUCACGAAUAGUAUCGAGUGUUAGAGCUCAUGCGACGCUGAGAAGUCCUUCUGCACGGCAUUCUCACUCGUCGCCAACAUCUGUCUCAGCAACGCCACGAAGAGAAUAUCCCGUUGAUUCCUCUCCCAGAAAUGGACCAUCUCAUACACCCCGUGAGUAUCGAGUUUACAACGAUGAUCUAUCGCCUGAUGUGCAGCCCCAAACUCCAGAUCAUCUCCCUGAAGCUAGACAUCGAUCGAGAUAUCACCCAGCAUGGACGGCUCCGGUGCAUGGAACAACGAGAUCGUCAUCACGACAGCUCUACAGCAAUCAUGAUGGAGCUGUUGAUCAGGCACCACCAACGCCGUCACGGAGAAGAGUAGAAUCUCCCCCGGGUCUGACAAGUACUGGAUUUCGAGGACUCUAUGGAGGUAGAGAGAAUGGUGAUGAUGAGCAGAGCUGGGUUGAUGGUGUCCGAUUUGACAAUGCUCAAGUUCGACUUUGGGAGUCGAGAGAUGAUGGGAAUAACGAAAGGAGUCUUAACAACACGCCCGAGCGAGAGGACUGGAGGGCAAAUCUUCGAUGAAGCAUCCUUAGCUUAGGUAUUACUUAUCGACUGGCCACUAAUAUUGUUAUUCUAUGAUUUUUUCGGUAGAUGUAUCGUGGAAAAGGUUAGUUGGGCGCAAUCCGGGUGUAUGAUACAUUCUAUAGGAUUGCCGUGCUAGUCUGGUGCCUGCAUCUCUACUCCUUUCAAUAUGUAUAUAAUUACUAGGAGAAAUAUUCAUGAGAUACGAGUAGAGUCAAGGAACG